AUGCGUACAAUGAGCUUUGCGGUGGAGGAGAUAAACCAGAAACAGGACCUCCUACCUCACCUGAAACUGGGCUAUCACAUAAGAGACAGCUGUGAUGAUAUUCCAGUUUCCAUGAAAAAUACUCUUCUCCUUGUGAAUGGGCAACCCGACAAGGGCAGUGGUUCUACAUGCAUGGACCUUCACAGGAAGGUUUCACCUGCAAUUGUUGGAGAUGCAGGCUCUGGAGUAUCAAUGGCUGUAUUACGAACUUUAGGCUCUUUUCACGUUCCCUUGGUGAGCUACUUUGCAUCAUGCAGUUGUCUGAGUGACCAAAAAGAGUAUCCUGCUUUCAUGCGGACAAUGCCAAGUGAUGCAUUCCAGACAAAGGCUCUGGCCAAACUGGUCAGUCAUUUCAGCUGGACCUGGGUGGGAGUGAUUGGCGUGGAGUCGGACUACGCCCGCUUUUUCAUACAGCUCUUUCUCCAAGAAGCAGCUAGGUAUCAUGUUUGUGCGGCCUAUGUUCAUUUUCUGUCUUUGCCACCAAUCAAAGACGCUGUUGCGGAUCUGGUGAGGCUUAUGAAGAUGUCCUCAGCUAAAGUUGUGCUGAGUGUAGCCGGGGACUCAGAGAUGCGUACGAUUCUGACAGAGUGUAGACGACAGAAUGUCACAGAUCUGCUUUGGAUUGCCAGCGAGGCCUGGUCCACAGCACAGUCACUGUGGACUGAUUUUGAGGAUCUGCUGGUGGGGACUUUGGGGUUUGCAAUACGCAGAGGGGACAUUCCAGAUCUAGGCAUGUAUCUCAGCAGCCUGCAACCCUCCCAAGCACUGACUUCACAUUUUACGGCAGAGUUCUGGGAGGAGACCUUCAACUGCAAGCUCAAUGGCUCAGUAAAUACUCACACACAUGGAGAAGGGGCUAGUAGCAGAGGGCCUUGCAGUGGACAUGAGGAACUGAAUGAGGUGUACUCUGCCUAUACAGACGUGUCCCAGCUCAGGGUCUCCUAUAAUGUCUAUAAGGCUGUGUAUCUCAUAGCCCAUGCACUGCAUAAUAUGAGCCUCUGUGUUCCUGGGAAAGGCCCCUUUUCCAAUGGGACCUGUGGAAGCUUGUCGCCUGUUGUACCAUGGCAGCUCCUUCACUACAUGAAACAAACAACAUUCACAACAUUGGGUGAGGAAGUGAGAUUUGAUGCCAAUGGAGAUCCAAUUGCUACAUAUGACCUUAUGAACUGGCAAAAGGGGCAGGAUGGUUUAUUGCACCUGGUGAAAGUAGGAUAUUAUGAUGACUCUUUAGCUGGUGAAAAGGGCCUUAUCAUAAACGAGUCUGCAAUGCAAUGGCACAAAGGCUUCCAGACACCAGUGUCAAUAUGUAGUGAAAGCUGUCAGCCAGGUUUUAGGAAAGCAAUCAGGAAAGGACAGCCCACUUGCUGUUUCGACUGCAUUCCCUGCGCUGAGGGGGAGAUUAGUAAUGAAACAGAUUCAGUGAAUUGUUUGACAUGUUCAGAGGACACAUGGCCAAACCAAGCUCAGAAUCACUGUAUUCCAAAAACAAUAGAAUUUCUAUCUUAUCAUGAAACCAUGGGGAUAGUCCUCUGGGUAGUCUCUGCCUUUGGAGCCUUUGCUACAGUAGCUGUUUUGGGAGUGUUUGUUAUUUACAGAAAAACACCCAUGGUUCGAGCAAACAACAUGGAACUCAGCUUCUUAUUGCUACUCUUUCUCUGUGCUUGUUUUCUGAUUGGCCUGACUUUCAUUGGGGAGCCCACUGAUUGGUUCUGCCAGAUCCGAUACACCGCAUUUGGCAUCAGCUUCGCUCUCUGUAUCUCCUGCAUUCUUGCCAAAACAGUUGUAGUAAUGAUGGCGUUCAGGGCCACCCAUCCGGGAAGUGAUGUCAUGAAGUGGUUUGGUCCAGCCAAACAGAGAGCUAGUGUUAUAGUAUGCACUUCCAUACAGGUCCUCAUAUGCAUUAUCUGGCUCACUACUCGGCCCCCUUAUGCAGCCCAUAAUACUCGGUUCCUGAGUGCCAAGAUCAUCCUGGAGUGUGUCGUAGGGUCUGAAGUGGGCUUUUGGUGUGUGCUGGGCUACAUCGGACUUCUGGCCUGCAUGUGCUUUUUAAUGGCUUUUUUGGCUAGGAAACUCCCCGAUAAUUUCAAUGAAGCCAAGUUCAUCACUUUCAGUAUGCUCAUUUUUUUUGCGGUAUGGAUUACCUUUAUUCCUGUGUAUGUUAGCACGUCAGGAAAGUACAUGGUGGCUGUUCAUGUCUUUGCCAUUUUAGCUUCUACUUUUGGCCUUCUAUUUUGUAUUUUUAUCCCAAAAUGCUACAUCAUAUUGCUUAAGCCUGAGAAAAACAGCAGACAGCAUAUGAUGAAAAAAUAA